AUGGGGACGACAGGACACCCCGCAGGCCUUGCUGCUCUGCCGCCUGUGGAUCCAAACAAUGCAGCCAGCAAUACGGAGUCAGCAGUCACCCACAGAGCACAGCCCCCGCAGCCCCCGCCGGCCCCCAGUCCUCUGGGCAACGCCGAGAAGCUGUGUCCAUGCCCCCAGAGGGAGUCGCCGGCACCCUCGCGCGUGCCCCGACUGCGGGCUGUGGUGGAGAGCCAGGCGUUCCGGAACAUCCUGGUGGACGAGAUGGACAUGAUGAUGUCCCGCGCGGCCACCCUCAUCCAGGCCAGCUGGCGGCGCCACCAGCUGCGGCAGAAGCUGGUCUCGCAGAUGACCGCGGCCAGGGCCAUCCAGGAGGCCUGGCGCCGCUUCAGUACGCGACGGCUGCGGCGCCUGGGCCAUGCUCCGCUCAAGAAGGCCAAGGUGGAGGACGAGAACAUCCCCUACCACCCACCUGCACAGGUGCGCUUCCAGCAAGUGGAGGACGCAGAGCCCCAGGGGCUCCCCGCCAAGAUCAGCAAGCAGACCCAGUUCCCCUCCGCCGACAUCCUGUCCCCCAGCCACCCCUCCCAGGGCGCUGCACCGCCCGGGGACCCCAGCGUCACCUUCCUGCCUCACCAGACUGUCACCAUCAAACUUGUGGGACCUGGGGCUCCGGAGGCCAGUUUCCAGCCAUGCCUGCUGACCAGGACGGUCCACAGCUCCAGCAUCGGGUCCCAGGCGGUGAAGGUGGAUGAAGCAUCGUAUCGGACCAGCAAGGCGGGAGCCCCUGGGCCUGGUCAGUCAGCGGUCAGUCAGCGGGCAGCCGUCAAGAUCCAUGUUAACUCGGGUGAAGGGCCCCAGAAGGUCCCUCCCCAGACAUCCAAAGUGGCUAAGACUGUGCCCGGUAUGACCACCACCAAGAUUCCGCCUCAGCUGUACCCACCAACAUACCCGCCACCGGCAGGCCGGACCCUGGGGCAGCCCAGAGUGGCGGCCACAGUACCCCGGCCAACCCCACAGACAUACCCGCCGGCCACAGUGAGUGUCACCAGGACGCCCUCGCAGAUGUUUCCGCCUCCACCCUCACCCGGCACCUCCGCGAAGUCGCCGCCACUGCCCUCCGGCUUUGCCACUCUCCUGGGCAGGCUCCCCAUGCCCACGUGCCCAUCACCACCUGCCAGGACCCCGCUACAGUCCUGCCUGGCCGUCCUGAUGAACAGGGGUCCGGUCUCCGCGGGCCCCCCUGAACCGGCAGCCCAGAUGGCCAAGCCCUCCGCGCAGACGCGUCCCAUGGCCCCCAUGACCAAUGCGCCUGCCCAGACACGCACCGUGACCACCAAAGGGCCACCCCCAGUGGUGCUCCAUUCUUCUCUGCGGCCCCCGCAGGGUCCCUCCCCAGUGCCCGCCAAGACUCCGCCCCCGACGUGCCCGACGCCCGGCAUGGGGAGGGCCCGAUCCCUGCUCCAGCCCCCCUCCGCCGUCGCCAAGGCAUCCCUGCACACCUGCCGCACAGUCACCAUCAGCAGGACGCCGUCCCAUGCGCAGCAGGCACCGUCUCUGCCCAAGACCGCCCCUCAGACGCGCCUGGCCGCCAUGAUCACCAAGACCCCCGCCCACCUGCGCUCCGUGGCUGCCGUCCUCCGCACGCUGUGCACGCCCCCCGCGCCCCCCGUGCCAGCUGGUGCUGCUGGCCACGCCAAGGCCGCACCCCCGCCGCCCCCCGGAGUGCCCGCCACUGCCUCAUCGCACUUGUCACUGACCAUCACCAGGAUGAAGACCACGGCCGUGAACGCCAGGCAUGUGACCGGGCUACUGAAGGUCCCGUCGCAGCCCACCCUGCCCGAUGGGCCGGUCAGGUUCGCGCCACCCCAGCCGGCAGCGGGGAAAGCCAAGCCGUCGGUGCCCGCUGGGGGACCUUUGGAAAUGGACAAGACCAGAGCUUUGCCUUCCAAGCAGGGCAAGGCUGAGAGGACAACCGGGCCCAUGGCUCAGGGCAUGCCCUGGGGGGCCAGAGAGCACCCUGGCAAUGGGAAGCUCCAGUCCCAGGUGGUCCUGCAUCCGACACCGGUGACCCCGUUCCUGCAGCCGAGAGCAGGGACCCACCCCCUCACUCAGCUCAGCAAGGUCCUGUCACAGCGCCCCAAUUCACAGGCGCUGGCGCAUUCCCCACCGAGCACACACCUGUCCCAAGCAAAGACUCCCUCACAGGGGCGCCCGCCAGCCGCACCCAACAAGGCACCAUCACAGACCCAGCUGCCCGCGGACUCCGGCAGAGUCCAGUUCAUGGCCCCCCAGGCCACCUCCAAGCUCAACAGCAAGACCCAGUCCCCUCCGCUGCUGACCAGCCUCAAGACCUCCCCGCUACGGCCUGCAGGACAUCCAGCCUCCAGUGUGGACUCAGGUGACAGCCAGGUGGCCCGUGGCCCGCCGACGUCAGCCACACAGAGUCAGGAGGAGCUGGCCGCCUCGCAGGUGGCGGCGCUGUGCUCGGAGCUGGCCAGCAUGCUGGCCUCCCAGGAGGACCUGCGCGCACUGCUGGCCAAGGGCCUGCCGCAGGGGGACACGCGGACGGCCCUUGGCCAGGCACUCUCCAAGGAGGUGCUGGCCACCAGCGUGGGCAGGGCGCUGCCGCAGGGCAUGGUGGGCCUGGCGCUGCUGAGGGCGCUGUCAUGGACUGAGCUGGGCACUGCUCUGUCCCGGGCACUGUCGCGGGGCGAGCUGCGGACGGAGCUGACCAAGACCGUGCAGGGCCAGCUGGCGGACGUGCUUAGCAAAGCGCUGACGGAGGAGGAGCGGGCGGCGCUGGGCCAGGCCCUGUGCCAGGGCGAGCUGGGCGCCGUCCUCAGCCAGGCUCUGCUGAGGACCGGCCUGGUCCUCCCCAAGGCCAAUCUGAAGCCGGCAAGCAGAGGCACAGCGCCGAGGGCCCCAGUGGAGAUGGACUUCAGGGGCUUGCCGGGCAGCUGGGGACCCACUCUGGGUCCCGGGAGACCCCAGCAAAGCAAGGGUGCCGAGGACCCCAGUGUGGCCGGUGGCUCAGCGUGGAACUCCGCCGGCGCCAAUAGAGUGGCUCUACCACCCCGUGGCGCGUGGGAGCGAGCACAGGGCUUGGGGCCGUGGGCCAUGGGCAGUGCAGCGGCAGCGAACCCUAGAAGCUCCAGGGAGCUGGCAUCGAUGCAGGCGAUGGAAAAGCUCGUCAUUCAGGCGGUGAUCAUGCUGCAGGCCGGUGCCCGAGGCUACCUGGUGCGGAAGACCAUCAAGGUGUGGCACCAGUGGGCCAUGGUCAUCCAGGCCGCCUGGCGGGGCUACUGCGUGCGGCGGGACCUGGCCCGGCUCACCAGGGCUGCAGUGGUCAUCCAGGCUGCCUGGCGUGGCUUCUCCUGCCGGCAGAGCCGCACUCCUUACGCCCUGUCCCCGGCCCCGUGGCCUGAGGCCACCAGCGUGAGUCCCCGGAUGUCUGAGCACCGCUGUUUCCAGUCGUGCCAGCCGAACAUUUGUCACCUCUGCCAGUCGCUGACCUCCGGACUGGGAAGUACUCCCAGCGUGGUGAUGCUCGUGGGCUCCAGCCCUCGGACCUGCCACAUGUGUGGUCAGGCAGCCCCCACGCGGGUGGUGCACGGCCUGGGCCAGCGCGGCAGGGACUGCAGCCCCAAACAGCCCCCCAACCGGGAAGCUGCAGCCACCCGCAUCCAGGCCACCUGGAAGGGCUUCCGUGUCCGCCGGCAGCUGAUGCAGCAGCGGACAGCUGCGCAGAGACUCCAGGCUACAUGGCGGGGCCACUCCACGCGUGCGGCCCUCAGUUCCAACAACCUUCUGGGCCUGAACACGUGGAAAAGCCCCCGGCACACUCAGUGGCCAGGGUACUAGGACUCUCGGCUGCCUGCUAGGGGGGAGGCUGGU